AUGGCGCCUUCACACUCGGAAAAUAAGGAAAAACAAAAGAAACGGGUCCGAAAUUGGACCGCCGAUGACCGUGCAGUCCACCGUGUUUUCGAACGAUCGCGGCGAGAGGCUUUCAAAGAAAGCUUACAGAACCUGGCGGCUCUCAUUCCUUCGCUGAACUCGGUGGAUCCAGGCAAACUCUCCAAGCAUGUCGUCGUAGAUGAAGCCAUAGCGCACCUGCAGGAGAUGAACCAAAAGGCCUCCGAGUCACAGAUGGUUAUCGACUCGUUGCUCGCAGAGAGGCAGCAACUACUUGCAGAAAUGAGCUUAUGGAGAGCCAGUGCGGGAAUGGAGUCGUGCGCCUUGCCCGCCUCCACCCCGGAAAUCGCAUACAGCGUGGAAACUGGCGCAGAGGUUCCGGUUCCUACUGCGAACUUGACCGAUGCUUCUGGCCAGCUGGAGAAUUUGAGCCAACUGGGAAGUGAGAUUGACGUUAUGGCCAUGGAACCCUUGGCUGUCCCGGGCGCUGGAGGCACAUUGGAGGGUUUGCCGCAGGUGGCGGAGCUGCUGGCAAGUAAGAAUGCCACUUGUGGUGUGGCAUCUUGGCAGACUAUGGAUUAUGGCAUUGGGUCUCUCUCUUGA